GCGUCGAUGCCAGCUGGCCCCGUCGUCGGCGUCGGCGUCGUCUUUGGCGCAGACGGCGGCGGCGGCGCCGACGGCGGCGGCCGUCGGGGACGCCGGAAGCAGGUACGCGUCCGAGGCGGCCGCGCGGCAGGGGCUGCCGCCGGCGGCGCCGUGCCUGGCGGCCGCGGCGGGCGUCGGGGCGCUGGGCGGGCUGGGGCUGGCGCGGUGGCGGGCGGUGCCGCUGAGGGCGCACCCGGCGGCCGGGCGCUGCCUGCCCGCCGCCUGCCCCGAGUGCGACCUGCGCCUCUGCUUCGCGUGCGGCGAGCCGUGGCACCCCGGCAGCGCCUGUGUGGCCGUCAGCGACUCACUGGUGGACCAGUGGGCGGUCGAGCGGGACGCGGGGCGCUGCCCGCAGUGCCGCACCAUGAUCGAGCGCUCCGCCGGCUGCAACCACAUGACGUGCAGGCCCGGCUCGGGGGGCUGCGGCCACCAGUUCUGCUGGCUCUGCCGCGAGCCCUACCGCCCUGGGCACUUCACCCGGGGCACCUGCCCGCAGUACGGCGGCGCUCCGCCGCGCGACGUGUUCCGGGGCUCCCGCCUCGCGCUGGUGGAGGCGCCGCUCACCCUGCUCGCAGGCGUGCUCGCAGCCGAGGUGCUGCUGAUGCGCCCCGCGGGCGUGGAGGAGACGCUGUGGGUCACGGCCCUUGCCGUGGCCGGACUCGUGGCGCCGCGCGCCGCCAAGCACAGCCAGCCGGCCGCGCGCCCGCUGCUGGCCGCGCUGGCCGCGCCGGUGCUCGGCGCGACGCUGGCGGGUGGCUGGCUGCUGGCCCGGCCCUUGAUCGGCAGCCCCGCGGCCGCCGUGCUGUCGCUGGCCGCGCUGGAGGGCUCGCCUGUGCGCCCGCUCGACCAGAUGUGGGGUGUAGAUCGGGUGAACAAGUUCUGGGCGAGGGCGCUGCGGCAGGAGAAUGCUGGCAUCAGAGCUGGCACCCUUUUCUUGGCUGCAGCAGCGGCGGCGGGCGCAGCUGGAGUGUUGCUGCACAAGGCCUGUAUGGCCAAUCGUGCGGCGACCAUCUGGCAGCUGGAGUCGGUGAAGGCGCUUGCGGCCCUCCCAGAGGCCACUUCGACCACCUUCAAUGUGGCCGACCUCGGGGGUUCGCAGACUGCUUUCAGCCAGGCGCUGGCCGUGCACUGCCCACACCUCUCGGCGGCCAUGCAUCAGCGCGGCCUGGUGGCGCGACCUGCGGCGGCAGUCGAGGUGCGCAACUGGGUGUUGCCGAGGCCGCUCCUCGAGCUGCUGGGCGAGGCCUUCCUGGAGGCGCAGCCUGCGCUGCGCUGUGGGGGCUCCCCGCUGUGGCCGACGGACCCAGAGCUCGUGGCCAUGCUCGUGCCGUCUGAGCGCUACCCAGAGGAGGAGUCGGACGAGGAAGCCGCGUGGGAACUGGUCACAGGCGUUUGCGCCGACCCCCCGCCGCCCGGGCGCCCCGCGCCCGCCGAGCGCGCCCGGGCGCGCCGCGCCCGCGGCGCCCGCCGGCCCAGGAGCCGGGCGGAGUACUUCGCCCUGCGCGCGGGGCGCCUCGCGCUGGCGGUGUCGGGGGCGAGCGGCCGGAGCGAACGCUUGUUCCCACUAUCCGAGGUGAUGGCCGUGGCCCUGUUGGUGCUGGCGCUCGAGCGUGUCGGCGACCCCAUGCAGUGCGCCAGGCGCCACAACCUGGGCUGCCUGGCGGUCCGGGCCCUGGCUGUGCUGAGCCAGGUUGUCGUAGUGGCUGCCCUGUUCGCCUCGGUCGUCGGCGGCGGCCUCGCGAUGAGUCCUGGCUUCGUGUGUGCAGUGUCUCCAAGUUCCUUCUGGAUCGGCGCCGCGGGGGCCGCGCGGCUGAUGGCGCUGGCGGCGCUGUUCGCGACCUGCCCGGGCAGCCUGCGGGGCCUCGCCGGCGCGGGGAGCUGGGGGCUCCUGGCGGCCUCCAGCGCGCUCGCCCUGGGCACGCUCGGUCGCUGCCUGGCGCUCGCGUUCAGGGCGAGCACCUCCAUCUGGCCGACGCCGCUGCAGCUGUCCUUCGCGGUGUGGUGCGUGCGGCUGUGCCUGGAGCUGGCCGCGGGGGUGCUCGGCGGCCAGCUGCCGCCCGCGCCGGUGGCCCGCCUGGUGGCCGCCGUGCAGGCCGCGCUCGGCGCCGUCGCGGGCCUGGGCCUCGUGCAGCCGCUGCGCGGGGGCGCGACGGCAGCCCGGCUUUCAGGAGGGUUCCAACCUGAGGUAUCCAAGGACUUCGCGUGA